GGAGAGGGAGAAAAGAGAGAGAGAUGAUAGAAGGAGUGGGGUGGUAAUUGACUCAUCUUGAUGCUAUGUUUGUUUCGUUCUUUCUGUUCUUCGUUUCUCUACUGAAAGACGACAGACAGCCAAAUAUCGGCAAAGCAUGGUUUACCUGACUGACUUAACGGCAGCAACUGUCCAAGAAUGGUUUGAACCAUAGAUGUGAGAAAUACUUGCUGGAUUGUUUACCUGCCAACUCAACUCAACGGUUUUUGUCUCCCUAAUCAAAUAAGCAGCGACAGCAACAAGAACACCAACAUUAUCAUCGCUAACAUCUGUGUCAUUAAUCUUUCCAUCAUCAACCUAUUCCAUGGCAAAGAUUCAGUUAGCCAUUAAUUAAUUAACGUGGUCAGUUAAGAAUUUACAAACUUAUCCAACCCACAUCAGCACACAGAGGAACAAAUGAGAAAAUGUUGAAAUCAGAAAGAUUGGAAACAAAUGUAUGUUCUGUUUGUUCAUCCAUCAAAAAUUGAGUAAUUCAGUACCAGUAAUAUAUUGAGGGUACUUUGACCAAAAUUUACCCAUUGUCUUAUAAAUAUUUGCCUGGAGAGUGUCAUUAUCAGUAAUCAAUAAUAUUAAACAGUGAUGAUGAUGAUGAUGAUGUACGAGAUUUUGAAGGAUUUCUCUUCACCCGUGUUAUCAAUGGCUUUUAGAAAUGCAUGAAUAUCACAACAUCUCAUUCUCCUUUCAUUUUUCUCGUGGAAAUUUUUGAACUUGUAAAACUAAAUGAGACAUCUUUAUUUGUGAUAACAAAGAUGAUGAUGACGAUGAUGUGCUGACGAUGAUGUGAUGACGAAGAUGAGGAUUAGUUCUUAAAAUUCAAUAUGGGAAUUGAGUUUGAAAUCCGGUGAUAAAUAAGAUUAAAGAAUUAAGAUUAAAAACAGAAAGUAAACAAUAAUAAUUAUGUGAUUUAACAAACAGAAAAAAAAUCUCACCAAAAGUAGCAAAAAAAGGAAAUAUCUUAUUUGUGUUUUUUUUUUAAAUAUUAUUUCUUAUUGUGUUUCUGCAAAACUUGCAGAACUAAGAAGCUGCACAAAUCAAUAUGACUGAUCUCGUAUAUGCAGCAGAACAGGUGCAGCAGCUGCUACGAUGUGCAAUUUGCUUGGACAGAUUCCGUCAGCCAAAAUUAUUGCCAUGCCAACACACGUUCUGCGAGUCUCCUUGUCUCGAAGGUCUUGUCGACUACUACACUCGUCGCAUAAAAUGUCCCGAGUGCCGUUUAGAGCACCGGGUCCCUAUAGCAGGUACUUCAGGGUUUCCAAACAACCUCACUAUCAUCAGUUUCCUUGAGCUUCCACAGCAGCCCUCCACGGCCACCUCCCUCGACACUCCAUCCCUGGCACCUGCUGGUUCAGAUGUAGCCUCGUCGACCCCACAGCCAACACAAGUGCCAUCGACUGCUGUUGACAGCACACCCAGUUCUUCAUCAUUGCCUGUUGAGCCGAGAGUACCAAGCAACCAUGCUAUGUGCUCAGAUUGUGGUCGGAUGACAGUAUUGAGUUCAUGCUCCCACUGCAUGGAACAAACAUGUGAAACCUGCAGACAUUCCCAUAUUUCAAAUCUAAAGCAAGACAUGUCACGACAGCUUCAGCGCAUUCGGCGCCUUUUACCAAAUGUAUCAGAGUCCCUCACCUCCGUUGAACACCGUCGUGAGCAGCUGCAACGCAUGUGCAACUCAGUGAAUGAUACGGUUUCUGAGACAAUUGACAAUUAUAUGAGAGAACUGAAAGCUCGGCACGACUAUCUGCUGUCAGAAACCGACACGUUCCUCUUCACAGAACUCAAUGCUCUACAAACUUACCAAGAAAAUCUGGAACUGGAACUGACAACCAUUGCCAGCUUUUGUGAUAGUACUGAACCCCUUCUGACACAGAGGGAGGAUAUUGAAGCAACGAACAUUGAUCUGCAAGAUAUAAAAAGACAAGUACAGGAACACAUUUCGACGCUGCAAAAUCAGUCAACUUUUGAACUGCCUUCAGCACGUCAGCUAACAUUACAAGCCGAUGGCAGUCAGCUAGGUCCAGCUAUUAACCAUUUUGGGGAGUUAAUGGUAGUUCUUCACAGUAGCCCUAGCUCAUAUCUUCGAAAUUCAAUACUUGGACCAUCGGAAUCUGCGAGAGGCACCAACUUGAGAGAAUACAAUGAGUCAAGAAGACAGAGCUUAUCUGGAAAUGGUUCUUCAAGAACAGCAAAUGAUAAUGCUAGCAGCAGUGCUUUGAGUUCAAAUUUAAGUGGAAGUUUGUUUCAGGAAAGUUCGAAACCUGCAGCCGCUCAAGCUUCAUCAAAUCCUCACCAUUCUUUUGAUAUUGCAUAUGGUGCAGCAGGUGCAACUGCUCCCAGUCCACCUCUGCAGAAUGCAGCUUUGGGACCAUCAGGAACUUCUACACUCAGAGAUCCAGCAAGUUUCUCAGAUAAUGUUUUUGAAAGAGACUCCAAGUGUUCAAAAGAAUCUCAAAGAAACCAAGGUGACUCUUCUUCCUCAAAAACUUCCUCAGGUUCUGAUGAAAACCGAGGCCGUUAUGGUAAGAAGCAAGAUACUUAUGGAGGAGCAAAGAGUAGAACUAGGACAGAAUAUCCUUCCACACCUCAUGCCAAAAACAGAAGCCUUUUUUCCAAUCAUGAUGAUGAUGAAUAUGAGGAUGAUGGAGGCAGACAUUUUGCUGAAAGAGAUCCAAUGGGUAUGAGACCAUCAAGGGAUUCCCAUGGAGUACAAGACUCCCAUUACGACAGAUAUGGAGCCUCGACUGCCUCAAAUGAGCUUCUGUUACCUGAUGACAAUUCCUCUGUUCCUUUGCAGCGAAGAUCUUUGCCAAAUUCACCCAUUUUGGCCGAUAGGAAUAUGGAAAUGAAUCCAGUUGAUCUAAUAUUACCAGCUGCUCUUACAUGGCAUCCACGGUCAGAUAUUUCUUCCAGAUAUAAUGGUUUCCCAAGAAAUCCUGCCAGCUAUUACAGUCAGAAUACACUACCGAUUACAUUUAACUGGAGAGAUCUUUGUGGGUUCCCUGAACAGAUGCCUAGAGGCCAAAUCCUAGAUGCUCCUCCACAUGGGAACCACAAAGCAAAUUCUCAUUCACAGUCCAGACAUCCAGAUAUAGAGGAGAGUUCUUCUUCGACUGACAAUGGUGCAUCUGUCAGAGCAUCUACGAAAAAGAGACGAUCUAUUCCCCAGUCAAGGUUUGAUAAUCAUGGUGUUGCAGACAUAGGCUCUUCUGAUGAUGAUGAUGAUGAUAGUUCUGCUGGAGUACCAGGACCAGGACAUAGGCAUUGCAAGUCAGCAAGUACACUGGUCACUCAAGCAAGGAACAACUAUCGAGCAAAAUGUCGAUCGUGGACACGGUUCGGUGAGCAUGGUAAUGAAGAGUCUCAGUUUAUAUCCCCACGGGGUGUAGCAGCUAGCGAAGAUGAUGAAAUAUAUGUCUGUGACAGCAGCAACCAUCGAGUAGAAGUGUUUGAUAAUACUGGAAUCUUCCUGCAUUCUUUUGGAGCCUACGGUCAAGAUAAUGGUCAGUUUGAUUGUGUGGCAGAUGUGGCAGUGAACCAAUUUGGCAACAUCGCUGUAACUGACCGAUACAACAAUCGCAUUCAGCUUUUCGAUAGACAUGGUUGUUUCCAAUCUGUCAUUGGUUCUGCAGGCCAUGGUGAUGGAGAACUUAGCUACCCAUGGGGUAUAGCGUGGGAUGCUAUGGGAUUCCUAUAUACCUGUGACAAAGACAACAAUAGAAUACAGUGGACCCUCAAAGCCAUUUGA